CUACCACCCAAUGUCCGUUGAUACAACUGAUCCUUUCCCAUCCACGACCAACCCUCCUCUCAUCAGCAGGAACAGAGUUUUAGUAACUUUCAAUUCUUUCAAUAAUGUUGUCCGGUAAAUUGUUUAUGCAACGACUUCCCAAGCAGUUGCUUGGCCUUCGUAACGCGGCUACCAUUGGUGCCAACAGUACUACCUCUCUACAAAAGGAAAGUCCUCUGGCAGAUGCCAUGAUUGCUCGUCCUCGUCUCGUCGAUUUGGAACAACGAUGGGAUAUAAUGCCUCAAGAAGAAAAGGACACUUUAAUCACUGAUUUGUACGCUCGUCAAAAGCUUCCUUGGACAGACUUAUCGGUUGAAGAAAAGCGUGCUGCCUAUUGGAUUGCUUUUGGUGAACAUGGUCCCCGUGCCUAUAGUCAUAUCAACCAAAAGACUGUGUUUUGGGGUACCGCUGCUGGUCUUAUUAUCGCCGUUGCCAUGUUUGCUUUGAUUCGUACUCAAGCUGCUCCUGCUCCUCACACUUUAACCCGUGAAUGGCAAGAAAAAUCCAACGAGUACAUGAAGGAGAAUAAGAUCAACCCCAUCAGUGGUGAAGCUAGUGAAGGUUUCACCGGACGUGGUCAAAUCACCGGUGGUAUAUUCUCUCCUUCUGGCAAGCAAGCUUAAGUUCCUCUUUUACUUUUGAUAUUAUCUUUCUUUUCUGUACCUUCGUAACGAAGCUUUAUUCUCGGUUUUGCUUUUUUACACUCAUAUUUUCUACUAUUUUUCACUCGUAAUCGGAGCUUAGUUUCAAUAUUCUUUUCGACUGUUUCUGCACGAAUACAGAAUGAAGGCAAUUGUCUUGGAAUACUAGUUUUUCUUUGUUUUAUUCUCCCUUAAUGUAAAAAUUUGAUCCCCC